AAAAUAGGGCUUGCUUAGGCUCUCAUGUUCUCUUUUGUUCAAAAGUUUUACAGAAAAUGCAAUGCACGAGUAUCAUCUCAGUGCCCACAAUCCACUCCAGAAAGCUCAAACUUGGGAGGAACUCACACUCACAAUUAUCAGUUGCUCAUCCUCAGAGCAACUUUGAAGACUAUGAUGAUGUGAAGCUUCCUCUGCCUUCCCAUGUCAAAUCCAUAACCAGCACUUCAAACCCAUUCGUCAAACACUGCCACAAGCUUCGCCUGUCUUCUUCUUAUCGCCACACUCAUGGUUCAGUUCUCGUUGUGGGUGCUACACCCAUCAGGGAAAUAUGCGAGUUUCAGAAGUCAUUGCAAGAGAAAACUGUUAUGAUGGAUUGUUUGCUUCUACCGGAUAAUUGUGAGGUUCCCGAAUGGAUUGAUGAUUUAUCUGUUCGUAUUGUGCAAGUGAGCUCUCCAGUGAUGAAAAAGCUUUCGGGGAUGCAAUCAACUGAAUCUAUUGAAGCAAUGGCUCUAAUGAGAAUACCUACGAGUUUUUCAGAUAUCAAUGCUGAUGAAAAGGAGGCAAACUGUAGGGCUUGGUUCCCAUCUCCACAUCGAGUUCUGGUCCUUGAUGGUGUUCAGGAUCCGGGUAAUCUUGGUACACUGCUCAGAUCAGCUACAGCUUUUGGAUGGAAUGGUGCUUUUCUUCUUCCCGGGUGUUGUGAUCCAUUCAAUGAAAAAGCACUCCGAGCAAGCCGAGGAGCAUCAUUCCAGCUUCCUAUUAUUUCUGGAACUUGGAAUCAUCUUGAAUCCCUCAUAAGUGAAUUCCAAAUAAAGAUGCUAGCUGGCCAUCCAGAGACUGAUAAAAAGUCGACGCCAUUUCACCUUUCUCAAAACCUUGCAGAUUCUCUUGCAACAGUGCCACUCAGCUUGGUUUUGGGUAGCGAAGGAAGUGGUCUGUCUGAGCAAUCUCGACGGCAAUCUGAGCUUGUAACCAUUCCAAUGGCAGGAGAUUUUGAGUCGCUUAAUGUUUCAGUUGCUGGUGGGAUUUUCUUGUAUAUGUUGCAACCUAAAAACCAUAUAUCAUUAUGAUUCUUUAAAGAUC